UUAGAGAAAACAGAAGAGCACUGUGUGUGUGUGUGUGUGCAUCUUUGUUGGUCCAGUCUCAGUUUUUCCAGCUAAACAUGCUGCAGAUACUUCUAUUGCUACUGCUGUCAUCCACGGCUGACAGCCGGAGUCAGCGAGUGUCGGGCUACAAGAAGGCAAAUGCAUGUGUGUGCCAGCUAAACUCCACCAUGUGGCUGUUCCCUGCUCAGAAGUUUAAGUACGUGUUGGAGGAAGUUCAUACCUGUGAAGGAUCUCUGAAUAACCUACAAGAAGAGCUGACGUUCUCCAGCCAACGUCUUCCACUGAUCCAGGAUCAGUUUUCCAACUUUACGGCUCGGCUGGAACCCUACAACUACCUGCAUUUCAGGGGCCUGUAUACAGAACUGUCCCUGCGCCAGCUGGGCCAGGAGCUCAGCCAGUUACAGGUGGACAUCGAUGUGGUCCACAGCCAGCUUAACAACUCCGAGACACAGAAACUCUCCAAAGAGGCUGAUAGACUGCAUAAACAUGUAAACAAGAUGCAAACAAUAGACACGCUUAACAUGAAGACUGUGAAGGAGAAACUGCGCUACCUAAAGAAUAAUGUGGAGACCUGCAAGUCAAUCCCCAAAGACUUCAGAGGUCAUGACAGGCACUGCCUCAGAGGUCUGAUCACCAACAUCAGUGACCCUAUCACAGCUAAAGUCAGUCCUCAUGGUAAGAGCUACAUCUCUGGUUCGUGGGGAAAACAAGCCCAGAAAGAGAGCGAUGGGCAGAAGAACAGUUACUGGGUUCAACCUCUGCUCAGCAGCCACAUCUGGGGCAACACUGUGCGCCUUUACCAAACCUAUGAAGACCUCAUGGCCUCAACAAACCACAGAGACUUUACCUUUGCUUCAUCUUACAGUCAUCCCAGCGCCAUUGAGGGUCCGAGUGCUGUGCUGUAUGGUGAGGCUCUGUUUUAUCACUGCUACCGCUCUGCAGACAUUUGCCGGUACGACCUGGAGACCAACGAGGUCAAACGGGUGACUCUUCCAGGCACCGGUGUGGGUUUCAACAACAAGUUCCCCUAUUGUUACUACGAUUGCCGGCUCAAUAGUGAUGUUGAUGUAGAGGCAGAUGAAACAGGACUGUGGGCUCUCUAUGCCACUAUAGGUAACCAUGGUAACCUCGUGAUCAGCCGCUUAGUUUGGGACAGCGAGGUGAAGAGUCUCAAUGUGACACAGACGUGGGAAACGAGGUUGUUCAAGAAGGCAGUGAGUAAUGCCUUCAUGGUGUGCGGUGUGAUGUACGCAACUCGUUACGUUAAUGAGUACCGGGAGGAGGUGUUCUACGCCUUCGACACAGCCACAGGCAAAGAAGACAACUCACUAGCAAUACCACUGGAGAAGGUAGCUAAAGCAGUGGCUAGUCUGAGCUACAAUCCCACCAACAAGCAGAUCUACAUGUACAACGAUGGAUACUUGCUGGCCUACCAGGUUUACUUCUGAUCUAAAGCUUGUUAAACAGUAAGAAAAAAGCAAUGAUUUAAAGUUCAGUUUGAGGACUAUUUUAUGCAAGCAAUACAAAUAUCACAAAUAUGUCAUGUAUGCUGUAAAAAAUUUAAAAAAUCUAUCUAUCUAUCUAUCUAUCUAUCUAUCUAUCUAUCUAUCUAUCUAUCUAUCUAUCUAUCUAGGCCUAGCUUGAGAGUACACGUUAAUAUUUUAGCUGUUAUGGGGCUACAACUCUUUAUGCUUCCACUACCAUGGGGGCUGCUUUGGACUUUAUCUUCCAUAUCUGCUUCCAUUGCUGCACAUGGACGUCCCUCUCCUGUCCUGGUUCUGCUGGAGGUUCCUUCCUGUUAAAAAGGAGUUUUUCCUUUCCACUGUCGUCAAAUCUUGCUCAUUGGAGUGAUAUGAUUGUUGGGUUUUCUCUGUUUUUUUAUAUUAUUAUGGGGUUUUUACAAUAUAAAAUGCCUUGAGGGAAGUGUUGUUGUGACUUAGUGCUAUAUAAAUAAAACUGAACUGAAUUCAAAUUUAGGGUUUUGGUGUUGUAGAAACUAUGUAAUGUAAAUGAGAAAGUAAACACUAUUUCAAAUUUAGGGUUUUGCAUAUUAGCAAAUAUUAACAAAAAUCAUUGGAACCUUAAAAGAAAAUUAUUUAAAUACAAACUCAGAUGAAAACAUGACAUAUUUCAUCAUGUCACUUAUUUAACAAAAAAUAUAAUCAAUGUGAAAAAUUAAGUGCAGUGUACUCUAUGAUUCAGUAAAUUGUAGAGACACGUGUAUAAUCUUUUUGAGAAACUUUAUCAGUCAGUCAGAUUAUUAUUGACACAUUUUGACUCUCUUUUCUUUACAAAAAUUGUUCAUUCGAUUAAGGUUCUCAGGCAUUGAUUUGUGCACUUGUAUUAUGAACCAUAAAUGUGUAACAUUUUAUCUGAUACUUGAAGGAGAAACUUAAAUGUUAACCAUUGUAAAUUUCAGUCAUUGUAAAUGCACUGUAAAA